UCUGUCUGUCUUCUACUAAUUUAUCAUUUCUCUGCAAGCCAGACCAAAAAGGACAGCCAGGCUCUGUGGCUCGGUGCCAUCUUUUCUCCAAAAAAACACAGAGGGAGGAGAGCAUUUCUUUGAAAUGCAUGUUGGUCUAUAAACACACCAAACCUCCAUCCACACAUUGAGAGCAAAAUCAGAGGGAGGGAGAAGUACCACAUAAAGAGACAUGCGCAUAUAACCCCCUGGGGAAAGUGAAAGAUUUUUGUCCUCAGCUCUGGACUCUUCUUUGCAGCCAUGGAUCUUGGUGUGGCCACCCCAUUGCUCCUGCUGGCUGCCCUUUUCUGCCUGGCUUUGUACUGGAAUGGAGGCAAGAAAAAGAAGGGGAAGCUGCCACCUGGCCCAGCUGCAUUGCCCGUCUUUGGCAAUCUCUUCCAGUUAGACCCCAGGGAAAUGCACCGAUCGCUGGAAAAGCUCAGCAAGCAAUAUGGACCAGUCUACACUAUCCACUUGGGUUCACUUCCAUGUGUGGUCUUGUGUGGCUACCAAGCGGUGAAGGAGGCCUUGGUGGACCAAGCUGAUGACUUCAGUGAUCGUGGGGAUUUCCCUGUGUUCUACCGCUUCACCCAGGGCAAUGGCAUUGCCUUCUCCAAUGGGGAAAAAUGGAAGAUCCUGCGUCGCUUUGCCCUGCACACCCUGAAGAAUUUUGGGAUGGGGAAAAGCAGCAUCGAAGCCCGGAUACAAGAAGAGGCCCAGUGUCUUGUUCAGGAGUUUCAGAAAACUGGUGGAGCACCUUUCAACCCCAUCAACCUGGUCUGCCGAGCCGUUUCCAACGUCAUAUGUGCCGUGGUUUUUGGCAACCGCUUCGACUACGAAGAUGCUGACUUCCUUAGGCUCCUAGAUCACUUUAAUGAGAACUUUCAGAUCAUGAGUUCCUUCUGGGGUGAGCUCUACAACAUUUUCCCCGGAGUGAUGGACCUCCUCCCUGGACCCCACCAACAAAUCUUCCAGAACUUUGAGAAACUUCGGCACUUCAUCACUGAGCGCAUCUGCUGGCACCAGAAAGAUCUAGAUCCAGAGGCCCCACGAGAUUUCAUCGACUGCUUUCUUAUCCGCAUGGAGGAGGAAAAGCAAGACCCACUGAGCUAUUUUAAUAUGGAGACAUUGGUGAUGACCACACACAACCUGUUCUUUGGAGGCACAGAGACAACCAGUACAACUCUCCGGUACAGCUUCCUCAUCCUUAUGAAAUACCCUGACGUGGCUGUUCGCGUCCAUCAGGAGAUUGACCGAGUGAUUGGCACUAACCGUGCUCCGUGUCUCGCUGACCGUAAAAGCAUGCCGUACACGGAUGCUGUCCUCUAUGAGAUCCAGCGCUUCAUCUCCAUUUUGCCCAUGGGACUCCCACGGGCCGUGACCCGGGACACACCUUUCAGGGAAUUCCUGCUUCCAAAGGGUACCAAUGUCAUCCCCUUGCUGAGUUCGGUGCACUACGACCCCACACAGUUCAAAGAUCCAAUGUCCUUCAACCCAGACCAUUUCUUGGAUGAGAAAAACGCAUUCAAAAAUACUGAUGCAUUCAUGCCAUUUGCUCCAGGGAAACGUAUCUGCCUGGGCGCUGGCUUGGCCCGGAUGGAGAUUUUCCUCUUCCUCACCACCAUCCUCCAACACUUCUCCCUCCAACCGCUGGUUGCUCCUGCAGAGAUUGACCUAACACCGCAAUGCACAGGCCUGGGCAAUGUCCCCCGUCCAUUCCAGUUCCGUGUCCUCCCUCGCUAACUCCGGA